AUGAUAUCACAGGUUUCCGAUGCCACGCAAUGCAGGAUCACCUUUGAUUUGUUUCAGGGAAGGGAGCUCAAGUUGCGGAAUUAUACUCCAGAAGAUGACGAGCUCAAGGGGCGGGUGGUGCCACAAGCCAAGCCUGCCUCCGUGGAAGAAAAGGUGAAAGACCAGCUGGAGGCUGCCAAACCUGAGCCCAUCAUUGAAGAAGUGGACUUGGCAAAUCUCGCGCCCAGAAAACCCGACUGGGACUUGAAACGGGACGUAGCCAGGAGGCUGGAGAAGCUGACGCAAAGGGCCAUUGCAGAGCUGAUACGAGAGAGGCUGAGAGGCCAGGAGGAGGACUUGGCGUCGGCGGUUGGCUCUGCAAAGCAGGAAGGAAGCGAUUCGGACUGAAGUGGCCUGUCAAGCAGACUUGGGAAACGGAUUCUCUUGGUGCAGCCCUGCAAGGCAG